AUGGAUGUUAAAAGUGCAUUUUUAAAUGGAAUAAUCUCGAAAGAAGUUUACGUAAGUCAACCUCCUGGUUUCGAAAAUGAACUAUUAUCAUCUUAUGUUUUCAAACUAAACAAAGCCCUGUAUGGAUUAAAACAGGCACCACGUGCAUGGUAUGAAAAAUUAAGUUCCUUUCUAACAAGUAAUAAUUUUAUAAGAGGCAAAAUUGACAACACUUUGUUUAGAAAAGAAAUAAAGGAUGAUUUCAUAAUAGUUCAAAUCUACGUAGACGACAUGAUUUUUGGUGCUACUAAUGAAAAUCUAUGCCAAGAGUUUUCCAAGCUUAUGCAGGAUGAAUUUGAAAUGAACAUGAUGGGAGAACUGAAGUUCUUUCUAGGACUUCAAAUCGUCCAAUCAAAAGAAGGAAUCAAAAUUCAUCAGACAAAAUAUACAAAAGAAUUAUUGCAAAAGUUUAAGAAGGAAGAUGCGAAACCAAUGAAGACACCAAUGCAUCCUUCAACUACUCUUGGUUUGGACGAAGAAUCCCCAGAUGUUGAUAGCACGAUGUACCGAGGAAUGGUUGGUUCUCUCUUGUACCUAACAGCGUCAAGACCCGACAUCAUGUUCAGCGUCUACGUUUGUGCUAGGUUCCAAGUACGACCUAAGGAGGUACACUUACAAGCGGUUAAAAGAAUUUUAAGAUAUCUUAAAGGAACACCUAACCUAGGCAUCAGCUUCUAUAGAAGCCAAAAAUUUUCUCUUCUAGGAUAUUGUGAUGCAGAUUAUGCAGGAGACAAAUGGGAAAGAAAAGGCACUAGCGGAGGAUGUCAUUUCCUUGGUUGCUGCUUGGUUUCAUGGACUAGCAAGAGGCAAAGCACGAUUGCCUUAUCAACAUGUGAAGCUGAGUAUUAUAACCGAUGUAGUAGUAAUAGCUUUCCCUCACCAGCGCAUGCCAUCUCCAAAUAA